AUGUACUUAUGUCACAUUAGCGUGGCAGCAUGCAAUGCGAGGCUGCUUACUACCGCUCAAAACGCGUUCAAAUCAUCCACACCCACCAUCGCUGUCCCAGGCAGUUCAGCUCAGUGGUCUGCUUCACAACGGCCCAAAAAGGAUAGCGGCCUUGUUUAUAUUGCUCAAAAUGCUGCUCGUCAUCCCGAUAGUCCUCUGGAGCCGUUAUUCCGCUCCCUCUACAUUGAGCAACCCUCAUUCGACAUAAACUCAAUCAACGUCGUGACCAACCGAAACAACAUUGGUAAGCUUCUGUCGUUUAUAAAUCCCACUUUGACCAGAAAAGGGCUCGAUCCAUUCACCAUCCAGGUGGAAAUGACCGCUCAGACCGCAAUAUUCUGCCGUGAGGAGACCGCCACCUACGAAGUGACUGGGCCAGGCGAAUUCCGGGGCUUUGGUCAUGAAUUCGAGAAAGCAUCCACGAUCACUCAGGUUAAAGGCAGCACUGGGCACCACCGCAUAGUUUCGUACCGACUGGGAGGUCUGAGUUUCCUCGUGCGCCAUGGGACAGACGGCUUUUGUGGUAAUUUGGAGCCUGUUGUAAAGGAUGAUGAGUCGACACGGAACAAUCUUGCAAACAUGUUAGCAACAUUGUCCCUCUCGCUGGAUACCACCUCCACAGAUGAGACCUUCGUUCAGUCUAAGUUGACCACCAAGAGGGAAGGUCGGGUAGUGCCACGGGAAUCGACCUUAGAGAUCAAAACUCGGGUUUUCCACAAACUUCUGAAGCUGCAAAAAGUUGCGCCUCAGCUCAGGGUUUCGCAGACGCCCAAGCUCAUCCGUGCUUAUCACCAACGUGGAAAAUUCUCGACGCCGAAAGUGGAAGAUAUGACUGCCGCAGUGAAAGAUUGGGAGCAAACCCACCAAGAUGAUAUAUCAAGAGACUCGUUACACUCAUCAAUCCGCAUCCUUCUAGUGACCAGAAAUUGGGAUGGGAGUUCUACCAUUUAUUACGAUCUUCUGAAAGAUAAACUGAUGAUCAAGAAGAUCGAGGGAAAGAAGAUGCUCCCAGACGAUCUUUACUCCCGAUGGACCAAAACCAUUCCCCAUGAGACAGCUGAGAAAUUCUAAGCUCGUAUUCAUUUUGUACAUACAAUAUUUCAUCCAAGAGGAACGCAGACAAACAGCAGAGCCCUAAAUUACCACAUAGUAAAUAUUUCCCUUUGUCUCACUGGAUGUCUUUUUCUUCUUCGUAUCUUUCCCAGAUUU